AUGAAAGAGAUUAGCGGUGGCACUCACAUGCUGCGCACUGGUUAUGCGAUCCCAUUGGUUGGUCUCGGAACCUACAAACUUAGUGGAGAGUUGAUGAAACGUGCUGUCGAUGCCGCGUUGAGUGUUGGCUAUCGCCUCUUCGAUACUGCCAAGUUCUACUUCAACGAGGCCGAUCUGGGAGAAGCCCUUGAGAUCUCCCUUCGUCGACACAAUCUUACACGAGAGGAUGUUUUUAUUACCACAAAAAUUUAUCCAACUAGUUGCGAGGACUUCUACGAGGAGAUCAGGGGGAUUCUGGAGAAGUCACUCAGCGAUCUUCGCACCAGAUACGUAGAUUUGGUGUUGAUUCACUUCCCGAAGACGAAAGAUGCGACAACAAAUGAUCCAGCCAAUGCAUUUCACCGACGCAAUACCUAUCUAGCGUUGGAGAAGUUGAAAUCGGAAGGAAUGUUGCGUUCCGUAGGUGUGUCGAACUAUGAAAUACGUCAUAUGGAAGAGAUCAAGAGAUAUGCCCAGGAUAUGCCAGCAGUGAACCAAGUGGAGUUUCAUCCGCAUUUCACGCGUGUCCAGCUGAGGGACUACUGUGUAGGGAAUAACAUUUUCUUCCAGGCGUACUCCUCAUUAGCGCGUCACAAUCAAGAGCUGUUGGAGCAUAAGAACGUUCUACAGAUAGCGAUGAAGUACGGUACAUCUGCUCCGAUUAUCCUUUUGUCUUGGGCACUCAGCCAAGAGGUUGGUGUCAUUCCAAAAUCUUCCCAACCGCAAAGAAUAGAGGAGAAUUUAAAGGCCACGGAGAUAAAACUGAGCAAGGCCGAAGUUCACCUACUGGAAAGUCUGAAUAAGGACAGGAACUAUGUCCGGAUGCCAGAAAAGCAGAAGGAAAACAGGAAGAGGAACUCCAGUCAAACCAGGCAAAUCAAUAAUAAUGAUACCGCUAUCACAAAGAAUGGGCUCGACUUAUUAUCCAGAAUAUUGUUCGCCUUUCUGUCUUUCCCGAACGAAAUGUCAAGUUUGAAGAAUGUCAAAGGAGGAGCUUUCAAGUUAAACACAGGCUAUUACAUUCCUCUUUUUGGAUUUGGUACGUAUACAGUUACAGAAAAGGAGGUAAAGCAUGCAGUAAAUGAGGCACUCAGGUGCGGUUAUCGCCUAUUUGACACGGCAAGGUACUACGAGAACGAAGCUGAGCUUGGAGAAGCACUGGAAGACCUUCUUCCCAAAUAUGGCUUGACACGUGAAGACGUCUUUAUAACGACGAAGUUCCACAUAGAUCCUGAUGACCCAGCCGGUGGAGCUAGAAGGCUGGUUUUAAAUUCUCUUGUAAAACUGAAAGUAAGUUAUAUCGACAUGGUCCUUAUUCACUAUCCAAAAGCUCUGAAAUGUGAUGAUAAAGACGAAAAAAAUAAGCUCCACCGUAAGCUUACUUAUCUGGAAUUGGAGAAGCUAAAAGAAGAAGGGAAGAUCAGGUCUGUUGGAGUGUCCAACUACGAAAUUUCGCACAUAGAAGAAAUCAAAGAGUAUAGUAAGAUGAUCCCAUGCUCUGAUCAGGUAGAAUUUCACCCUCACUUUACUCGAGAGGAAUUGAGGCAAUACUGUAAAAAGAAGGGGAUUUUUUUGCAGGCGUUCUCCUCUAUGGCGCGUUUUGCACCUACUUUAGUGAAUGAACCAGUACUUGUCGAUAUAGCAAAGAGACGAUUCAAAACGGUAGCGAUCAUUUUGCUUUCAUUCGCGGUGAGCCAAGGAGUAGGAGUAGUUCCGAGAUCGAUCGUACCUCGCGAAAUCAGGGAAAACUUUGAGGCCACAAAACUAGUGCUUGACGGAGAGGAAAUCGAACUGUUAAAAAAACUGAACCGCAACCACAAUUACAUCCGCUGCACUGGAUGGCUUGUAGAGUGA